CACAACAAAAACAGUGAUUCUCAUUGAGUUCCUUGUUUUCGUUUUCCAUAUGGUUUGCGUGUGUUACUCAAAAAGAAUCAUCUCCAAACAAGAGGAAGCGUGUUAGAUGGCGAACCAUGUCUGCUCAGCGACGAUUUCAGAUCCCUCUCCAUUCAAACGAAUCGCUUCAAAUCAUGAACGAGCUUCGUCGGAAGAGAGAACUUUGCGAUGUUUCGCUUCACGUUGGCGGGCAGGAAUUUCAUGCUCACCGUGUAGUGUUGGCCGGGGCGAGUUCUUAUCUGAGAGCAAUGUUUACAAAUGGAAUGCUUGAGAGCGGAAUGAGGGAUAUUAAACUGCAAGGGUUAGAGCCCUCGGUCAUGGAGAAUUUAUUGGACUUUGUUUAUACGGGAUCGGUGGAUAUCACAGUUGAAAAUGUACAGGCUUUGCUUUCAGGAGCGACGCUGCUCAACUUGCCACUACUGGGACAAGCUUGCUGUAGUUUUUUACAAUCACACCUCGAAGCGACUAACUGUUUAGGAAUCAGGGCAUUUGCCGAUUUGUAUUCGUGUACAGACCUCGAACAAGCUGCCUAUCGAUACAUCUGCCAGCAUUUUCUGGACGUUGUAAAGUGUGAGGAGUUUUUACAGCUUUCUAAACAAGGGCUUCUGAAUCUUCUUGAACAAGACGACGUUCAAGUUCGCAGUGAAGACCAAAUUUUCGAAGCGGUUGAAGCUUGGAUAUUUCACGAUUUCAAUCAACGUAAGGAAUUCACGGCUGAAUUGAUUACGAGAGUGAGAAUACCGUUAAUUUCUUUGGGGUUUCUUGAAACGCGAGUGUUUCCUUCGAAAAUCGUCAAAACCAAUGCAGAAUGUCAGCUACUUUUGGGACAAAUCUUGAAUGAAAGUGCUCGUAAUUUGCCACCUUACAUGACGACCUCACGUGCUCAGCCUCAGUCUAUUUAUGCAGUUGGUGGACGGAAUGGUAUUGAUUGUCAGCUGUCAACUCUUGAACGAUAUGAUUUGUUAGCAGAUGAAUGGGUUAUGAUGGAAAGUAUGAAGCAUGCCAGAACAGCAGUAGGGGCAUGUAGUCUGAAUGGCCUACUUUAUGUCAUUGGAGGUGAAUGCGCAGUGAACUCUCCUCAUGAUGAUACUAUGUACGUGCGGUAUACUGAAUGUUAUGACCCUAUUGCACAUGAGUGGAUCUCGUUAGCAGAUAUUGCUAUUCAGAGGUCUUUCAUAUCCGUCGCAGCAUUUAAUGGCUGUAUUUACGCCAUUGGUGGGGAAGACAGAACUUGUAGCUAUAAUUAUGUUGAGCGUUAUGAUCCCAAGACCAACCACUGGACGACGAUGCAGUCGAUGCGCAGAAAGAGAUCAGGUGCUGGAAUUGCAAUUUGUGAUGGCAAAAUCUAUGUUGCUGGGGGAUACGAUAGAGGUGUCCAUAGCGACAGAGCAAGUGUAGAAUGUUAUGACCCAGAAACAGAUACUUGGUCAUUUGUCACUGAACUUGAAAAAGCUCGUUCAGGACUUGUGCUCUUGUCUCAUAAUCAUCAUCUGUAUGCAUUUGGUGGCCGAAACCGCAGUACUGACCACUACUUUGAUCUUGCCGAAAAAUAUAACCCUCAGACUAACAAAUGGGUACAAGUGGCACCUUUACUGACCCCGAGGGCAUGGCCAGCAGCAACUGUAUUUGAUGGGAAAAUUUUUGUAAUGGGUGGUUUUGAUGGAGCCAACAGACUUGCAAGUGCAGAAGCUUAUGACCCAGAAUCUAACUCAUGGACGUAUGUGAGGGACAUGAAUGUAUGCCGUGCUGGUUGUGGUGCAGCCGUAUUGUAAAAUCAAUGGAUGUCUUGGGUUACUAAUGGAUGUCAAUAUAUAAAAACCAAGCAAAAACAAGCCUGGAAAAGAAAGAACAAGCAAACACAAGCCUGAGAAAGCAGAUGUCACCUGACCAGACAGUGAUUGCAUCACUGGUUGAUACAAAAGGGUUUUGUACUAAUGUGGCGUUACCUAUUGAAGUGACUGCAGAAACAAAGAAACAAGAAAAAAAGACCAAUGAUGAAGAUGCUAUAACCAGGUAGAUGGAAUCAGGCAUUCGUGUGUCAAAAUCCCUUUCCCAUUCAUGGAAUUUCUUACCAACAUGCACUAAUAAUAAUAAACUGCAGUGCUUUACAGGUUAUUACCAUUCUGGUCAUAGCUGCUGUCAUACAAGAAAAUAUGGGUUCAUUUAUACUCCUAUAAAAUCAUCUCAGGUGAACAUUUUUACUGCUAAUGAGUGAAAUAAAAGAGUUCAGGUUUGCAUUUUGUGUUAUGAAUUAUGUUAAUAAUUAGUUUCCAAAGCAACAUAAAUUUCUUUUAUUGCUUUUAAUAUUAUAUGUACAGUAGUUAAAAAUAAGAUGUUAUUUAAUUUCAUAGGAAAAAGUAUGAUUAUCAUAAUGAACUCGCUUCAUUUCAAAAAGGUUUUAUACCAGAUUACAACAUUAUCCCAAAUUAUGAAUCAUAUUUACAGAUGGAAAAGGCACACUAUUGCAUGACUGGCAGAUUUUUUUCUUCCUGAAUUAAUUCAGAAAACAGAAAAUUUAAUUUUUUGAAUUCAUUUGCUAUAAAUCUGUUGGCUUUUCCAUUUUUAAUUAGGGUUUCCAUGGUAUCGGUAAGCUCUUUUUAGAAGAAGAAAUAUCAUGUUAAGUACUGCAUGUCAAGAGACCCUUUUUAGAAGACUUAGCUCAAUAUUUUUCCAUUUCAGAUCACUCAACUAUUCCUCUUAAAACUGCUUUAUUUUACUCAUUUUGAGUCAUUAAAACUGAAUGAAGAUGUAUCAGUUCAAUAUUAGCUGGAAUAUCUUUUUUGGCAUCUGUUUGAAAUUAUAUUUUUUCACGACAAGUGCUCCAUACCUUUAUAAUUAUUUUAGACCACUUUGCAGUGUGACUAAUCUGCUGUAGAGCCAUCAAUUUUGUUCUUGUUGUUGUUGUCGUACAAAACUAUCAAUCAUGGAAAACCUUAGUAAACAUAGUAACAGUAAGAAUAUAUAUAGAAACAGUGCCCUUGGGAAAAUUUUGUUACUUAACGUAUACUUGAACAAUACUUAAUGUGUAUUUAUUUGACUUAAUGUGUAUCUGAACAGGUAUCUAACUUGUAUUUUAACAACUUUGUUAAAUCCA